AGCGGGGUUCGAUCCGUUGAACCUGGUCAUGAUCAAGAUCGCCAAAUCCUGCUUCGUCAGCAAAUCGGGACACCAUACAGAGAGAGAAGAGGGAGUUUGAUUGGGAGCAACAGAGAGAGAGAGAGAGAGAGAGAGAGAGAGAGAGAGAGAGAGAGAGAGAGAGAGAGAGAGAGAGAGAGAGAGAGAGCAAAGCGAAGGAUAUAGAGAGCAAAAUUCGAUUUUUCAUACUAGUAUCUUUGCUAAGCGCCACGUGUCGUUGCCAUUCCCUUACACGUGGCAACAUUUUGUGUUUUUUUUUUUCCCCUCAAAAUUGUUCCAAUUUCAUACACUCCCAACAUUUCCCAGUAUCCCCGCCGAGAACCCUUCUUUUUUUUUCCUUUUUUUUUUGUGUUCUUCUCCUCAAUCAGAACCCUCAACGCCCGCGGAAUCAGUCUAAUCUUUUUUUUUUUCCUUUCUUUGGGUUACGUCUAAUCAAUUUCAAGGAGCCAAUCCGAUUCUACCACUGAUUAAUUAGAUUCAAAUCAGAACUAUUAAUAAACUAGACGGUAAAUUAAACUUAUUAAUAAGGCAUACUUCAUAUGACCGCCAUUGACUGAGUGACUUGAGAUUCGCUGCCGCCCCCCCCCUGCCACGUGGCGGUCACCAGCCACCCCCGCUCUCUCCUCUCCUCCACUGCGGGAUUCCCCCCCCAACCCGCUCAACCCCGCCCAACCAAGUAUACAAAAUGAGAAUGAACCUUCCGCUAGAAAAUGUAAAGAUACACCCACCGCCCCCCUACACGCGCACACAAGCUUGGCACUCCGAUGUCACGAGGGGGUCGUCGACAUACUAUGACCCAUCCGUUGACCAUCGACGUUUGACUUUUUACUCUGUUGAUCGAGCGGUCUGCUUGGUCAAGGACUCGGUCAUAAUUGCCUUGGUCAACGAGUAGUUUGACUUGGUCAACGACUUGGACAUGGUUUGUCUUGGUCAACGAUUGUCGUCCUCCAUUGCCAACGAACAGGCGAAGAAGGAAGCUGAACAGAAGUCUCCUUCUUCUUCCUCUUUGACGCAAUACAGACCAGCACGUCCUCUUCCACCCCCCUCACACCUCUUCCACCCACUUCACCACCUCCACACCCUCCUCCUCUCCUUUGUUCUCUUACGGUAUAUUCCACCACCUGGAGCUGAAGUCAUCGCUGUCUAGGUGACAAGCGUGCUGGAAAGAGUAUCGAAGUUUGACUGUAUCGUGAGGUCAAAGUCAAAGUCAAAGUCAAAGUUGUAAGCUUUGACCUUUCUCGCUUUUCCCUCCAGCCAUGUUCUGGUCAAGGAAAUCCGCCAAAGGGGACAAAGGUGCGAGGAGCACCCAAGAAUCCACCACCACCAACCCCUCCUCCUCCUCCUCCUCCUCCUCCACCUCUACAUCCAAUGUACCCGCAGAGACAGGUGGAAGCCAGCCCAAGACUGACCCCCAACAACCCCAACAAACACCACCUCCACCAUCACCAGCGCCCACCUCUCUCUCCUCCUCGUCCUCCUGCUCUACAUCCUCUGUGCUCGCAGUGACAACUGGGAACCAGCCAAAGAUUGACCCACAGCAACCGCAACAAACACCACCUCCACCACCUCCACCUCCACCUCCUCCUCCUCCACCUCCACCUCCUCCAUUGCUCCUUUCUCUCCCAUCAAGCCGAUCUACCCCUUCGCCUGUUCCAGCAUGGAAGGCGCCAUCUCCGUCUGCGGCGAGCAUGCCGGCCGAGGCACCGACUUCUUCGCUUGCCACGUCAGCAGCUUCUCAGGGAGAGCCUUCGACUCAUCGUGCCACGUCAGCAUCGGACGGUCCAGCUCAGCAGAUCCUCGCCAAGCUGAAGGAGAAGGUGUCAUCAAGGCCAUCACCUCCUCCUCCCCGUCAUCCCUCUCUGCGACUGCAGAUCGACCAAGCAGCAUUGCCUUCGCAGUCCACAUCUGGAUCCUCGUCGCCAUCGCCAUCGCCAUCGCCAUCCCCUUCGAAGCAGAAGAUGAAGCUGCCCUGGUCGGCUUCGUCCUCUCCAGUGCCAGGCUCCACGUCAGCAGCACCGUCAUCAGGCGAUGAUGACAUGGCCAGAGGUGGCGGAUCAACCUCUACUCCUCCUCCUCCCCCUCCCCCGCCUCCUUCUCCUCUCCGUGCUUUUCCUCCUUCUCCACGUCGCUAUACCUCCACCAUGGCCGCUCAGGCGUCGGAGGAAACCGCCCUACCGUCAUCCUCAAGCCAAGCCGAAGCCCUGUCGUCAAUGCUGAUGAUGGCGUCGCAAAGCAUGUCAGAAGAGAAACCACCACGCAGGCAAAGCAGUCAAUCUCUGCCGCCGCCAUCGCCACUUGCUUCACAGUACUACCCUCAGCCGCAAUCGACGGCUCACGGAUCGUCAUCGUCUCCCUCUGCAUCAUCCCCAUCAUCGCCAUCGCCGACUUCGCUUCGGCGAUCCAGUUCUGGAAAGGUCCCAUUGCUUAGGACAGCGACCUUCAGCAGCACGACCAAAUCUCUCUCUAUCUCAGAGAUCCCUUCCUCCUCUUCGCCCAAAUCACCCAGAACGCCAAGAUCACCCACAACUGCCAUGCCAAUGGCGACGGCGAUGGCGUCGAACGUGCAGCAGGAGUCCGCUGAGCUAGCGGGAACGAGGAGGAAGACGGACCCCUGUGUCUUGACUCCUCGUGGGCCAUUCCUAAGGUCAUCGCCAUCGCCAUCGCCAUCGCCAUCGUCAUCAUUGGCCUCACCAUCGUCGCCAUCCGGUCCAUCGCCGCCGUCCACUAAACUCGCAGAAGAAAUGAAGAUCAAAACGUCACUGCCAACAACACCACGAGGGCAGCCUCAAGCCUCCUUACUCAGACAAGAUCAUUCUUCUUCUUCUUCUUCUUCUUCUUCUUCUUCUUCUUCUUUGUGGUCUUCUUCUUUUACAACGAGUACUAGUGCUAUGACUACUACGGCUACUGCCGCUGCUGGCGGUGUUUCGUCUUCUGGAGCAGUGCCGAGUUUUGAACCUCCAUUGAGGCUGUGGAGGAAGAGGUUAUCAGCACCUGCGUUCAACCUUGGCAAAGCAGCUUUGGCUAUGGCGGCAGGUGCUUCUUCACCAUCGUCGUCUUCACAGGAACGACCGGUAGCUCGUCACCGGUCCAUCACUCCCGACUCCGCCCUGGAGGAGGUGCUGAAGAGGGCAUCCAUGGUGGGGCCCAUCCACGGAUUGCGACGGAAGUCGGCGACAGGAGUGGCGUUGGCCAUUGGAUCAUCAUCGCUCUUGCAGGACAAUUCGCCGGUGGAAAAUGCGGCGGCAGUUUGCGCGGCGGCGGUGGCGGCCGCCGCCACUGUGGCAGCGGGGGCAGCGGGAAAUAUAUCGCCCAUAGCUCCACCGAGAUCCCGCCGAGGCUCAUUUCUCAAUCCCUUGCCGCCAUCGCCUCUCGGCACUGCUGUCGCGGGAUCCCAACCGGCUGCUACGUCGCCCAACGAGGAAAAAAACGAGAAGAAACUCUACUAUGAACGGGAAGAGUAUCGGUGACAAAACAAAUUGAAAGUCCAAAGUCUAUUAACCUCAUAAGAUGAAACAAAAUGUCAAGACCACU